GAUGGUCUAACUCUCCAGCUGAGUGAAGGGGUAUUUUCAGAGAACGACUAUAGAUUGUGACUUCCUUUCCAACUAACAUACAGGGAUUAUUUUCUAGAACAGCAGCCCUCAUCAAAGGAAGUCUCUUUCUCUCUUCUCUACUCUUCUCAGUGUGUGUUUGUGGGUCGAGCUAGCUACCAGUCAGUCACAGAGAGAUAGUGAGGACGUACAGCCAGAGGAAACAGACAUAUAACUCCUAACAGAGAUGUCUGGUAGUCCCCUCUCCUCCUUCUUCAAACAGGGAAUACUCCUACUCUCUAUCCUCCACUAUGGGACCUGGGCUGAUGUCCCUCCAAUAGACCAGUAUGGCUUGAAGGGAGGUUCGGUAUGUGUGGCUGUUGCAGAACCCCCUGAUCAACUCAAAGGAAUUACAUGGAAGUUCCGAAAGGAUGUAAUAGUGGAUGAUAAAGACAUAUCUCCUAAAUACAAGAAGAAGGUAGAUUAUAACCCAGUGAACCACACUCUGUGCAUUAAGACUCUGAUGGACACAGACAGUGGAAUUUACAUUGCAAAUGCAAAGAAAAUAGAUUGGACAGAUUCAACGUCUUCAUACAAACUUAAGGUGUUGGAAGCUGUUCCCAUUCCAGCCAUGCAGGUGACAUACUACAACUCAAGUACAGGACGUUGUAACAUCACAGUGAAUUGUUCAGGCUGGAUGUUUUCUGUCUGUGAUGGAGGUCAGUGCCCACUGUACAAGGAUUCUCUGUCAGUCUCUGAGGUCAACAUCACUGUUUCCAGUGGUAAUGGAUUCAUUAAGUGUAUCGUCAACAAUCGUGUCAGCACAGAGACCAAAUCACAACGCAUGAAUGACAUAUGUAUUGCUGAGAAGAAGGGGAUCGCUGCAGCAUCACUAGUUGGCAUCAUUGUGGGCAUUGUUACUGGUGGAUUACUCUUAGUUGGUGUAGGAUGCAUCAUAUCAACCAGAAGAUGGCGAUCCCCUAAAGAAAUACUGCUUCUGAAGGCCGUUGUUCCAGAAGUUGACAACCCAGUGAGCACUAUACCAGGAAGACCAGAACCACAGAACACCCCUGGAUCUGAGGUGACAUCUAUCUACGUUACUGCAGGCAGACCAGGAGCAGUACCAGCAUCAGCAGAAGGAGAAGAGGGGCAUCCAGGGGACAAGGAGUACACUUCACCAGAAGAGAGGAUAGAACCACAGUCCCCCCCACAGGCAGAGACAUUCUACAGCACCCUACAGAUACCAGCUGCAGCACAGCGCCACCCAGUGGGCAAAGGAAAUAAUCUAAAGAAACCAGACACGGUGUACUGCACAAUAGGAUAUUACCCCUCCAUCCUUCUCAGAGACCCACGGAUGUUGCUUUGAUUAAGAUUGUACCCAUAGACUCAGGUACCGAAUGCAAACACAGGGGAAAUUAUGAAGGAGAGAAUCAUGAUAAUGGGUUUUUAACAUUUCCGGCUAAUUUCAUCCAUAUUUAAAGUGGCAAUCUGCAAUUCAUACGUACUUUUAAUUGAAUUGUAUAUAACUAUUAAUCCAUGCAGAAUACAACAUAUGCUUGUUUAAUUCCAUUGUUUGUUAAAACUGUAUUUGUAAAACAAUUGGUGGCAGGGUACCCGUGUUGUUAUUAUUUAGACUGCAGAUUUCCCCUUCAGAUUUUCCCCGAUAGAAAGUAUGUAAAACAGUCUUAUUUUCUGUAAACGAAAAUGGAAACAUGCAGAUGAAUACAGUAGUGCUAUACAUGCUUUAAAAAAGUGUUUAUACACAAAGCAGCGGUUUGAAAAUGGGAAGCCCAUCCAUUCAAUCAAUCAAUCAAAUCGACCAAUCAAUAAAUAUAUACAUAAACCAAUCAUUCAAUUAAUAAAUAAAUCAAGCAACAACCUA